GUAGCGCAUGGUUCGGGAAGUGUUGACGGUGAUUCGGUUGGUGAUGAUGAGAGGAGUAAUGAAGAUGAUGGUAGUAUCGGUAGAAAACACCGUACAAAAAGCCAAAGACUCACAAAAGGUCAGGUUGAGGAAGAUGAAGAGACUAAAACGAAACGUGUUCAGCUUCAUACCCGAGUUCGAGACGAAUCCGCUGAAGCUAAAAAGGAAAGAAAGAAGUUGGUAAAACAAGAACAACGUGAAAAUAGGUUAACGAAAAUUCCGAAGCAUAUUAAAAAACGUCACGAGAAGGCUGGCAAAAGGCAUUAG